AUGGAGACAAGGAUUGAGGAGCUGUUUGAGAAGGAUAAGCACAGAGCGGAUAAGAUGAGCAAGACCGUUGAUGUUGGAUGUGAGUAUUUGCAUUAUGACUUUUCGAAGACACACCUUACGGACGAGACUAUUGAGAAGUAUUUGAGAAGGAUGAGUGGAAUCGAAGGCAAGAUUGAAGCAAUGUUUUGCGGUGAAAAUAUCAAUUUUACAGAGAACAGAAAGGUUCUUCACGUGCUUCUUAGGGACAAAGAGAUUCUGGACAUGAUUGAGAAUGGCAGUAGUGCAAAGCUGGAUGGAGACAGGCAGAUGGUUCAUGAAGAGCUGAUGAAAAUGAAGCAGUUUGUGAAUGACUUUGAGCAAGGAAAGAUUUGCGGAGCCACUGGAAAAAGACUGGAGGCGGUUGUGAAUAUAGGCAUUGGGGGGAGUGAUCUUGGGCCUAGAAUGGUAUGUAGUGCGCUGAAGCGAUAUGGCAUGAAGGGAGUUACAGCGCAUUUUAUUUCGAAUGUGGAUGCAUCGGACACGAUUGAGGUUUUCGAUAGCAUUGAUGCAGAGAAGGCACUGUUUAUAGUUGUAAGCAAGACGUUUACAACGAUUGAGACUAUUCAGAACAUGGAGCUUGCAAUGAGAUACAUGGAGCAGCGACUGAAGCGAAGCAGGGAAGAGAUUGCAAGCAGACAUUUUAUUGCAAUUAGCUCGAAUGUGGACGAGGUCAGUCGAUAUGGAAUUCAGCAGGUGUUUUCGAUGUGGGACUUUGUCGGGGGGAGAUUUUCAUUAUGGUCUGCUGUUGGGAUGUCUAUAGCGCUAUAUGUUGGGUUUGAUGGAUUUCUGGAGAUGCUACGAGGAGGGAGCAUGGUUGAUGAGGAGUUCAGAAAGGAAAAGGGAUGGCAGAAUGCAGAGAUUAUGCACGCAAUAGUUGAGAUGUUCUAUUCUGAAAAUGGAUACGACAACAAGUGCAUUGUCCCGUAUGAUCGGUACAUGGAGAAGUUUUACUUGUAUUUGCAGCAGGCAGAGAUGGAGAGCAAUGGAAAGCCGUCCACGAGCAACGACACAGGAAUGAUAGUGUGGGGAGGAGUGGGAACGAAUAGCCAGCACUCGUUUUUUCAGCUGCUGCAUCAGGGCACAAGGAAGGUUCUGUGUGAGUUUUUGAUGCCUCUGAGGCCUCUGCAUAACGAGAGAAGGUAUCAUGAAAUAGUUGUGUCUAACUGUGUGGCACAAAGCAGGGCAUUGAUGGUUGGCCAGAAAAGCGAGCAAAAGGAGAAGUGUUUUGAAGGCAACCGGCCAACAAUAACGAUAUGCUACUCGAAGCUUACGCCAAGAACACUUGGAGCGAUGAUAGCGCACUAUGAGCACAAGAUAUUUGUUCAGGGAGUGUGCUGGGGAAUCAACUCGUUUGAUCAAUUCGGGGUUACACUGGGAAAGGAAAUAGCGACUAAUGUGUGUGAUGCGAUACGAAGCAGACAGACUGAGAAGUAUGAUGGAUCUACAAACAAGAUUCUGGAUCAUGUUUCCAAGAGUGCCGAGUAG